UUGAAGCUUGCAGUGACAACCAAGUCUUCAGGUUAACAUUAUUAGAGACUCAGAGAGAGAAGGAGAUCGCCUGGAUCUGUCCAGACUGUAAACAUAUAUAAAAUAAUAAUAUCAUCUAAUUGCACGAGAUGUAUAGUCUUAGCAUCCCUUUCUGUGCUGCAGCACUUACUGUUUUCUUAUUUACGGCUUCCAGGUUUUUCUCGGAUAGCAGACACUUGCACGUUGACGAGGGGGAUUCUGUCAGUGGCGCGUCCGGUUCGGCUCCUGUCUCACAGCAAAGUCCUAUCCUAAAAGAAAUCAAAGAAAAACACAGGGAACUGUUGCCUUACUAUACGGAAUCCACGAAAGAAACAUUUCUGAAAGUCCAGUGGAAAGAGCGAGGAGACGGUGACUCCGAUUCAUUAACGAACCACGGGCUGGCCAGGACGAAGGUGAAAGAUAUUCUGGAUGUGGAAGAAAGCGCUGGUACCGGGAUGAUUGGUUGCGUGCAGCUCCGUUAUUUCAAAAACGUGGAUUUUUUGGGCUCGGGAUAUACUAAGGCAGUUUUGAAGGCUGUUUCUCCUGAAGGGUUACCCGUUGCCCUCAAAUCCGUGAACGACAGAGGUACUGACAUGAAAAGAUGCCUGGAAGACUUUGGAGACGUGGAAGGCUGCUACGAGCUGGUGUCCUACAAGCUGAUAAAAGAAAUCAUGUUGUUACAAAGGCUUCAACAUCCCAAUAUCAUUAAGCUCCAGGGUCACUGCCAAGGCAGGGACUGGGGCAGCGGAGUCACCGCAGCCCUGGAGCUGGGCUCUCCGCUGCAGAUGAUCCAGCUUCUCCAGAGCCCCUGGGAGGAGCGCUUUCGGAUCUGCCUGAGUCUGGUGAGGCUGCUCCACUACCUGUCUAUCUCCCCCCUGGGCUCUGUGGCUCUCCUGGACUUCCAGCCCAGGCAGUUUGUGGUGGUGUCUGGGGAGCUGAAACUGACAGACCUGGAUGAUGCAAGCACAGAGGAGAGAUCCUGCAGAACGGACAGCGACUGCACCCUUACCUUUCCGCACAGAAACUUCACUUUUCCCUGUGCUGCAGGAGGGAUCUGUGAGGGGCUGAAUGAAAAGACUAACCUGUACAAUGCCUACAGGUAUUUUUUCACAUAUCUACUGCCUCAUCGUGCACCCCCAACCCUACAGCAUCUCAUUGAUAACAUCAUGAAUUCAACAGGAGAGCUGAGGAGUGGUAUAAAUGAAACUCUCGAAGGGUUUGAAGAAAUAUUACAGAUGUACAAGUCUGGGCGAUACCUGAACAACCUGCCACCAUCUUUAUUAAGAGGUUACACGCUAGUGAAGGGGAAGAGGCCAGUGGAUAGUGUUGAUUACAGAUGUUGGCCAUCUUACAACCACCAGGGAUGCGUGUUGUCUGUGCACAGUGCCAGGGAGGCAGCGCACAUCUGCAGCUCCCACCCCCAGUGUACCAGCUUUUCUGUGAGCAGCCAGAGGACGUGGACAGGGCGGUACCUAGCAUCGUUUAGAAGUGGUUUCAGAGAUCUGAUACCAGAUGUUAAAUCUGCUCUGUAUGUGAAGAAAGUCUGUGGCUCUGAGGCAGUGGCAUAAAGAAAAGAAAUGGGAUCAGAAGGGAAAGGAGAGCUGGGACUGAAAUGUUUGAAGUAAAUUAAUAAGAUAUAUUUAUAAGUAUUUGCACUCCAGUUGUUUGAUCUCCAUGCCAAUAUUUCGGUUGCCAGAGACUGUUAAGGGAUCUCCCUUGAGGUAUAUAAUUAACAAAACCCUGCUGGCUCAAAUGUUGUGCUAUUUUGUUGUUGGAUUUAUGAUAUAGUUGUUCCAUACUUGGUGUUGCAACUUUAAGGACAAACUAAAAUUGAAAGAUUUCAAAGCCUGAAAAACAAAUGCACAAAUCCACUUUGAUCUUUAUGAGAUCUGAACCCUUGUGCUGGACAUAAAAGGAAAAAAAAACAAGUGUACUUUUCUUAAUGAGCAUGAAAGAUCAGCACCCAAAAUAAUUGAAAGUGAUGGGUACAAAGGGCCCAAUAAGAGCAACACAAACAUUUCCUGAAUUGACGUUCCUUAUUGAUCACAAUCACAUAUUUAAUUGACAUGGUUAACUGCCAUUUUCAAGGCAAAGUGCUGUUGAUGUACUGUACAGUAUAUUGUGUGUCUGUCUGAAUGUGCAGCAGUAACAUAAUUGCACCUUGUGGGUGCUAUUGAUCUUAUAGGUUUGAAUUGUCAAUUCUUUCAGAGAAAGAGAUCUUAUUUAUUGAACUGAGUAUGUAACUGUAUGGAGAAUUUUGUAAAGAACAAGAAUAAAAUUUC